CAUCCCACCUCACACAGAGCCCACGCUUCUCACCCACAACCCUAGCCCGACCCAAUGAAAACCUAGACAAAACUGAUCCCGUCCCACCUCAGAUCACACACAGCGGCCGCCAUGACGGAAGAGGAGAGGAGCAAAGAGCAUGCAGAGAUGGAAGUUCGAGAUCGAGGGAGAGAGGAGAGGCCAGAGCUGGAGAGAGGGAUUGGUGGCGGCCGUCUUUUGUCGAUUCUUCCGAGAGCGAGAGACAAAGUGGAGGUGGAGGAGGGAGAUAGUGGCGGCAGCAGGAGACAGGCGGAACGAGCAGAGAUUGGUCGGAGCCAGAGAGAUCUUUAGGCGUCGGAUAUGAAGGGAAGGUAGAUGUCGGGGGCGAGAAGGCGAAGGAGAAGAAGAUGCUACUUCUGGGGUGGCCAUUUCAAAUGACUGAUGCUGGUACUAUAGAGGGGAGAAGGAAUAGUUGGAGGUAGUCGGCGGCGUGCGAUAAGAGGGGAAGAGAAGAGAGAGAAGGAGAGGGGAAAACCAGGAUUGGAAGAGAGAGGGAUAAAUAAACAGUUUUGUGUUUUUUGAGGUUUUGACGCAGAACAUAAGGGUGAAAGGGUGCAAAUUCGGGUUGGGUCUGAAAACUGAUUCCAAACUGAAUAUAUUUCGAUUCGGAAUCGGUUUGGAUUUGCUCUGAAUCGGGGACCCGGAAUGCUCAAAUUACAUCAAUUUCAUCUCAUUUACUAUUACAUUGUCGACGGUAAGAUCUAGACAACACUUUCCUAGUCCACUACCGGAAAUUGGUUGUUCCUUUCAAACGGAUUCUUCAAGUGGGACUGUGGGGGUGGCCCUUUCUCUUCUAUUCCCAUUCCGAUCUCUUAUUUUGUGGAAGCAAGCAAGUGAGUUUAAAAGGAAACAAAUAAAAAAGAUUUUUACAAUGUAUGUCUUGUUGCUGUCAUGCUUACCAGCUCACUUCCCCACUUCAUUUUUCUCUAUCAAUUUUUUAUUUAUAUUUUUAACACUUCAUUUUUUAUGAAUUUUUUAUUUUUAUUUUAACGCGACCUCUUAUAUAUUUUCACGACCACAAAAAAUAGUCAUCUAUUUGCCUCACGGUUUUCCUUCAAUUGCUUACAUUAUCAUGCGUACAUUUUACUAAAUAUCAUAUAAUAAUCUAAACAAUACAUCAUGAUUAACACCAAGAUUGCCAAACUAGAUUAAGUCAUCAAGUGAAUUUGCCAAGUGAUUUUCGAGGUUUAAUGGUUAGAUCGGGUUCAACCAAUUCAAGUCGGUUUUAGCAUAAUAUGUGAGAAAAUCUCCACCACCAAAUAGAUUAUGCACUUAUCUACCCUCAUCUUCAAACCCGAUUUUGACUGGUUAGCCCGUCCAAUUUUGACUUUUUUAAUUUUUUCCCAUAAACAUCCAACUCGGAGUGUAUUCCAACCUUGUAGAUGAUCGAUUCCGAUCAGACCUGGUGGAGCCGGCCGGAUACAGGUUUGAUAGCCUUGAUUAAAACAGUUUUCCACUGGACAUAAUCGAUUUAGGUAAAACACUGCUAUACUACUCCCAACUUUACCCUAUUUAUGCAGAUUGUUGAAGUUUUUAGUGACCCUGUUUCUAAAUCCCUGAACACAACAUUCGUCUAGGUCAAAUUUGUUGAAAUUUUUUGUAUAAGUGUUGUAUUCUGAGAAUUGUUUUGACAACUCUGAUAUUUUGAAAAAAUAAAUCCAUAAUUCUAAACUAUUCAGCUUGUUAAAACUAGCACUUGACUACAUUGUCACGGGAUCCUCGAUCGGACUACGACUGAGGACAAGUUGCUCAAAAAUAAAUAUGACCUUAGCAACAUCCUAUACAUCAACAUUCGAUCUUAUCAUGUCGGGUAAAUUGCAAGUUUGGGCACUUGAAUUACUGAACAGUUUCACGUUUGCCACUAAAGUUAGUUUAUUCUGUUCAUGGUCAUUCAAAUUAGUUGAACAGUUUAAGUUUGAUCACUCUCUAUUAGUCUUCGUUAACUUUCGCUGAUAUAACAGUCAAACUCUAAAAGUUGACCAUUAAAUAAAUGAUGUAGUAAUUUAAAAAUAAAACUUAAUCUUUUUCAAUUUCCACCUCAUAGUAUAAAUUAAAAUAAACUAAAAUAAAUAAAUAACUAUUACAUCGAAAGGAGAUGAGAAAUACGAUAUUCGUAACAGAGUCAUUAGGAAUCGAGACACACGGCCUCUCAGUCAUCUAUUAUUAGAAUAUCGAUAAACUACAAUUUCGUUG